AUGCUUCUGCUGUCUUUUGAAUUCGCUAUUCCUAGGGACGCUUUGGAAUACUCCCAUCGUCAGUUGUACAUUUCCGAAGAGCUCGACAGCCCCAGCCUAAGGGCGGAGUCCUACUUGAACCUGGCCAAGGCACACCUGCGACUAGGGGAACUGGAGCGAGCUUUGAACUUCGCACGGCAUUCAUUAUACAAUAAGUGCGAGCUCUGUGCCACGGCUGGGCAUGUUCAUCUUACCGUUGGUUCCGUUUACUUGGAACUGGCUGGUUUCAACAAAGCUUUGGACAGCUUUCAGCAAGCCCAUCGGAUCGCUCUGGCCCUUCGCGAUACCGCUUUGGAACUGCAAGUUUACGUGGGACUAUCCGAACUGUUCAGCAGGCUCCAGGAUGCCGAGAAAAGUGCCAGAUACGCCUCCAAAGCGUACGAUUUGUCGCGAUCUCUUCAGCUGAACGACUUGAAUUCCAGACAUCACAGGGCUGCUCUGCUUCAAAUGGCCUCAGCGCUGCGCAAGCAGGGUGAAUUAGGAGACGCCCACGACUAUUGCUCGGAAGCCACUAGACUAGCGCUGAUAUGCGGCGAUCAAGCGAGCUACGCGAGAAGCAUAAGAAUCAUGGGUGAUAUUUAUAGGAAUAAGUCUGAUAUUAAUAAAGCUUUCCGCCAAUAUGAGGCAGCGAUGGGUUCAGCAGCUGCCAUGGGGGACCGUGUGAUACAAAUGGAGUCCAUGGACGGGGCUGCGCGAUGUUUAGAGGCGCUGCGGAUCCAGCACAAGAUCUGCAACUGUCGGCCUUUGGAGUUUAAUACCAGACUUUUGGAGGUGGCCAAAUCGAUUGGAGCUAAAUUGCUCAUGCGAGCUGUUGGCUUGCGACUGAGUGGCAUCUACCAUUCAUUGGGGGAUGAGAACAACAAGCUGCACCACGAACAGCUGGCUCUGAAAAUUCAGAACGAUCUGGCGUUGAACUGUGCCGCUUGUAGAUCCCCUUAUGGGCUGGAGGACGAUUCGCUGGAGGCGCUGUCAUGCUCCCACAUACUCCACGCAAGAUGUGCCUAUGAGUUGGUCCGACGGAAUAAAAAGAAAAAGUGUCCCUGUCCGGAAUGUGACAGAACCAGCUCGCGACUUUACUUGAAUUGCAACGACUAUAACAGCAUGCAGUACAGCCCAGUUCAAUUAUCCAUCUGUUCGUCGGACAGUCACGGCACUUCGCAUCAGGCCACCAGCUCUGUGUAACAUUAAAACGUCUCUUUCUUCUCAGUUUCCUGGUUGAACGCCGGAAUUGAUGCAAUUUGUCAGUCAUUGAAUAGUGGCGGCGGCAAACUAGGGAGAGCAAGUCGAAUACGCUUUUCACUGUUGUGUUCAAUACGUUUUCGUUAAAUGUGAAUAUUUAUUAGCGAUGAAGAUUUGUAAGGACAUAUGACCAUUUUUUAGUCAUGUGAUGUAUAGCUUCUCAGCUGCUUUAAGCACUCGUGCAGUACAAAUUACUGUGGUGUCUGUGUUUGCACCUUCGUAAUUUCUACCGUAAACGAUCCAGUCUUUCAGAUAACUUAAGUAAUCAAGUAUUUAAAUGAAUCUCUAGUUAAAGUUGUUAAACAAUUGCACUUCCAAGCGCGCACCAAUACGGGUAUUAGGUGUUCGGUGGAGUUUUGCUUUUCUUUUAUUGUUGAGUGGGAUACACCUAUACUGUUAAGUUUUUGAAUCGUCUUUUUGUACAUAUAGUUAAGUCUCAGAAAUUCCGAACUCCACCGAAAGUUAAGAAACGUUAGCUGAUUUAAUGAAACAACGCCAGAAGACGUUAUUUGUCGCGGUGUUUUACAACACCACUUAAACUACCUUCUUUUAGGCGGAUUAACAUUUUAGAGGUAAUUUAUGUUAGGUAGAAAUUCACUUGUUUACACUUACAAUUCUUAAGCAUUUUCAAUUUGGUCGUUGGUGGACAAAACAUGGUUUGACGCCAACAGCCAUCGACUAGGUCAAAUCAACUCUUGAACAAUCAGCAAUUAAGCUAACAGAUAAGAUGUUAUGAAUAGUUACAGAUAUAUACAUUGUAAUAGAUAAGUAAAAUGUAAAAUGGGAGUCAAUACCUGUUAAUCUGUAUGGAGAAAUAUUUAAUUUUGAAAUACAUGGUUGCGAGGCCAAAAGGGAUAUAGA